GGCUGGCCAGACGACCCGAGAGGGCUGGGCCAGAGGCGGUCAGGUGGGUGGAAUCCUGCUCCCUGUCUGGCGGAAGGGCGGAGCUUUGGGUUUCCAUGGAGCCGGCUUCUCCUAGCAACCUGGCGGGCGUUGAGCAGAGCCGCCGGGGCGAUGGACGCCGAGAGCCUUCUGCUGUCUCUGGAGCUGGCGUCCGGCAGUGGGCAGGGCCUCAGUCCGGACCGUCGGGCCUCACUGCUUACUUCCCUGAUGCUGGUUAAGCGCGACUACCGCUACAAUCGGGUCCUCUUCUGGGGCCGCAUCCUCGGCCUCGUCGCCGAUUACUACAUCGCGCAGGGCCUGAGCGAGGACCAGCUCGCACCGCGCAAGACACUCUACAGCCUGAACUGCAUGGAGUGGAGCCUCCUGCCCCCUGCCACAGAGGAGAUGGCGAUGCAGACGUCUGUGGUGAAGGGUCGCUUCAUGGGGGACCCCUCGCAUGAGUAUGAGCACACCCAGCUGCAGAAGGUGCACGAGGGCGAAAAGGUCUUUGAGGAAGAAGUGGUGGUCCAGAUCAAGGAAGAGACCCGCUUGGUGUCCAUCAUUGACCAGAUUGACAAGGCUGUGGCUGUCAUUCCCCGAGGCGCCCUCUUUAAGACUCCUUUUGGACCCAUCCAUGUCAAUCGGACCUUUGAAGGACUGUCCUUGUCCGAAGCCAAGAAGCUCAGUUCCUACUUCCACUUCAGGGAGCCUGUUGAGCUGAAGAACAAGACCUUGCUUGAGAAGGCCGACCUGGACCCCUCCCUGGACUUCUUGGACUCCUUGGAGCAUGACAUCCCCAAAGGGUCCUGGAGCAUCCAGAUGGAGAGGGGCAACGCCCUGGUGGUCCUGCGCAGCCUGCUCUGGCCAGGCCUUACCUUCUACCACGCUCCCCGCACCAAGAACUGUGGCUACAUCUACGUGGGCACCGUCAAUUUGGUCUGUUCUGUCCUGCUGCUUCCCCUCAUCUCCACCUCCAUCUGGUAUCCAGGUUCUGAGGAGAGGACCACUGAGCUGGAAGACCCAGCUCUAAAGCAAGUGGCAGAGGGUUGGAAUGUGCUAAUGAGAGAGAUGAUGGUGGGUGGAAAUGGCAGCGGGAGAAGGUGACAGCCAGAAGCCCUUUGAGGAAGGCACUCUCUUGGACUCAGAUGAGAGCUGCAUGUAGGCCAGGCAGCCCAACUCACCUCGUUGCAGCCCCCCAGGCUGAAGAGCUAACAGCUAUCAAUAAAGAGAAUGGGAACCUGUUUGGCCCAUGAACUCCCUCCAGUUGCAUUCAUAUAGCCCAUCACAAGAGCUCAGCAACUGGCUGGAAAUGGGCUCAAGGCACCCCCCACCCCUUCCCAAGCAGUGAGCACACACACCCAGUGGGUGAGUACAUGAGCCUGGUUUAUGACAUUCCUUUGGGCAAAACUCGUGUCCCCCAGCACUGAGCUCGGCCCAAGCCAGUCAUGAGA